CGCGCGUCGGCGGAAGCGCGACGGGCCAGGGCGGCGGCGAGGGAGGAGGGAGCCGUGUGUCCUGGGCCGUGCCGGGCCGUGCCGCCCCGCCGGGACCGCCCUGCGCCUCUCCGGCCCGCCGCACGAUGCGCUCCCUCACGGGCUGAGCCCCGCCGUGACGGAAAAAUGAGUGGUGGUUUGGCACCAAGCAAAAGCACAGUGUAUGUGUCCAAUUUACCCUUUGCUUUGACCAACAAUGAUCUGUACAGGAUAUUUUCAAAGUAUGGGAAAGUUGUCAAAGUUACCAUUAUGAAAGACAAAGACACCAGAAAAAGCAAAGGAGUUGCCUUUAUUUUGUUUUUGGAUAAAGAAUCUGCACAAAACUGUUCUCGGGCACUUAAUAACAAACAGUUGUUUGGAAGAGUAAUAAAAGCAAGUAUUGCCAUUGAUAAUGGAAGAGCAGCAGAAUUCAUUCGCAGGCGUAACUACUUUGAUAAGUCUAAGUGUUACGAGUGUGGGGAAGCAGGACACUUAAGUUAUGCCUGUCCUAAAAAUAUGCUUGGGGAGCGGGAACCACCAAAAAAAAAAGAAAAGAAGAAGAAGAAGAAAAUAGUGGAGCCAGAAGAAAUUGAGGAGGAAGAAGAAAGUGAAGAGGAAGGAGAAGACCCUGCUCUAGAUAGCCUCAGCCAAGCCAUAGCUGUUCAGCAGGCCAAAAUUGAGGAAGAGCAACAAAGAUGGACACAGACUGCAGGGGAGUCUUCAAUUUCAGAUGAUUCAAAACGUCCACGGAUUAAGAAAAGUGCUUAUUUCAGUGAUGAGGAAGAACUUAGCGACUGAAAUAGUACUGUUCUAAAUGCAUAUAUAAGAUAUAUAUAUAUAGUGUACAUUUUGUAAAGUGCUGCAAAGUGAUCUGUAAUACAGGUUUGUUUGGUGUUGAAAAUCAUGGGUUUUUUUAUUCUGUCCCCUGACUCUUCCAUCUUUUUAUAUCUGUGUCUCAAAAUCUUACCUUUCAAGGCAACUUUUUACGAAAGUGAUCCGAUUAUACACUUAAAUCCCAAAAAUUAUCUGUGAGAAUGUGUCUUGCAGUUAGUAUCUAGACCCAAGUCCUAGCAGUGAAGUGUUUCAUGAGAAAAUUUCCCAAUGCUUUUUUCCUAAGAGUUCCUCUUAGGAUGACUGUUACCACCACUGAUGCUUUAUCUAUCUGUUUGGAAGCAGUGCUUUAGUAGUACUUAAGUAGAAUAUGAAAUUUGCAUUAGUUCCUCUGCAUAGGGUUGAAUUUCAGCUUUAAACAUUGUCCUUUUACUCUUUAUACAGUACGAUAAUAAAUUAUUGUCACAUCAACACUGUAUUUCCUGACUGCAGUUUGAAUGCCUAACAGUAACUAGGGUUGUCCACAGGGUCUUGAAAACACUUAGAUGUAACCUGCAUCACAGCCAUUUGAACCUGUUGGCAAAAUUCAAAGGCAUAAUUUCCUACAUGGCUAAAAACCAGCUUUCAUAUGUACUUGGAACUGUCAUGGUCUUUUAGCAAAGUGUGUUGCCACAUAUUUUGCACAUAAAGCUUUUCAGACUUUUUGUGUCCUUAGAUCUCUCUAGGGCUCUAGGCAUGGUCUCCUGUAGCUGUGAUCAUUCUCAAAAUCACAGACACAUAGUGAUGGUGGUACCCAUUUUAUAUUGGUGGGUAGUUUAAACUCUUAACUUCUAGGAAGCACAAUAUAAAAUACAUUCAGAAAUUCACAUUUGGAAGAAGAGACAAGCUAGCCUCUUUCUAUUUUCAAUUCUUCCUGUGUGCUCAUCAGGACCUGAUUUUCUUCCAAAUAUAGAAAAUGCAAAUCCAAAUAUACCAUUAUGUGUUAUUAAUUAAUACCAAUUUACAUUCUAAUAUGUAACUGAGUGCAAAGCAAAGCACCCUCUUAAGUUCAUAUAAAGCAGUGGCAUUCAGAAUGUCAUUCUGGUGCCUUCCAUUACUCCUUAAACACAAGAAUUUGGAAACAAGAAUAGAGUAAUACAAGGUUUUUCUCUGUAAGCUCAAGUCAGCAGAAUAGGAAGGAGUAUUGUGAUCUAGAUAUAGGAAGAUCUUGGAUUCAGCAUUCCAAGGACUGUUUUUAAGACUGACUUUGACUUUUUGCUGAAAGUACUUUAUAUUAAAUCUGAAGCUUCCUUCACUGAAUUUCAGGAAGAUCUCUUCAUAUUGAAUAGAUGAGAGCUAAACUGCCAGACAUAACUUAUUUUUAAUAAAUGCAAAUCACUCUACAUCACGUGUGUAAUAAUGAAGCUUGAGGAGUUCUAAACUCUACUAAGGAAGCAAGUAAUGCUGCCAUCAUGCUUUUCUUCAAAUGUUAGGUUAGGGCUCAAAAAAAAACUCAAAAAAAAAACCCACAAAAAUAUUGAUCCACUAUGUAAAAUCAGAGUUUGUCUUCUUCUCAAAUGCUAUAUUCAAUGCUGGUUUUAAAAACAGAUAGAAAACUAAAAUGUGACAGAGGACCAGUUUGACUUUGUCCAUGACUUUGGUUUGGAAAUAUUUGAUAGCUUGUAAGAUUUCAAUGAAGUGAUUAGACAGCAAGCUUCAAAUCUUUAUUUCAUUACACCAUGUAAUGUAGUAGUGGAACUCACUGCCAUGAGACUUUUUUCAGGGUCAUGGCAUCAAAAGGAUUAGAUUUACAUAUGGAACACCAUAUUUUAAAAUGUUAAAGUCUCUGCUCAGAAAUAUCCUCAAAUAAAAAGCAAAAUUGACCAUCGUUCUGACCUAAUACAGUAUUUUUUCCACAGUUCCAGCAGCUGAAGCACAUUGAUGUAUCUUUCUAGUCUGCUGCUUCUGCACCUACUGCUUUCCCCAUAGGAUUUGCUUUUGUCAGCAUGAAGCAGUAGCACAGUCCAGACUAUUGCAACUGACCUAGUGUUGUUCCUCCAUGCUCUUUUGUUCCAAGCAUAAAGUCACUUGAGGUAGGUGACAUUGGAAAAUAAAAUGAAAAUGAACCUGC